AUGAGGAGCUCCAGCUUGGCAUUCCUUUUCCUUGCGAGCCUGAGCCUGAGCCUGAGCCUAGCCGUAACUAGUUCGUGGGCGCUGAACCUGAGGGCCCCACUCCGGCCAUUCAAGCAGGUUCACGUCCUUAACGAGCUCACCGACAACAAGCUCCUUCACGUCCACUGCCACUCCAGGGAUACAGACGUUGGGAGCCAUGAGGUGGCGGUCGGGGCGGAGUACACGUGGAGGUUCAGGCCGAGCCCUCUGGGGACCACUAGGUGGUCUUGCGACGGCACGACAGACGACAAUCGGCGCGUGACCUUUGACUCGUACUGGGAGGACGUGGCACUCGCAAGGAGGGAGUAUAUGGGGAACACCUAUUGGGUGGCCCAGGAGGAUGGAAUCUUUCUCAGGCCCAUUCAAGGAAGCAGAGACGAAAUUCACGCCACCUGGCUUCCAGCUGGGCCCCCUACCGCUCCUCUACCUCCACUACAGUGA